GGCCCUUACAGUCAGUGAUAGGGCCUGAUGAGAGUUUAGAGUGCGCACAGUAACGCUGUCUCAUCCAGUUUCAGUUUUUUAGGUCUACAUUAUUGUUAGAAACAAUGGCAGACGACGAAUUAGAGGCGAUUAGGCGGCAGAGGAUGGCGGAGCUACAGGCAAAGCACGGGGAUUCCUCAAAUAAUCAGCAAGGAGAAGAGGCCAAACAAAGAGAGACAGACAUGAGAAACUCCAUACUGGCCCAAGUUCUAGACCAGUCUGCCCGUGCCAGAUUGAACAAUCUUGCUUUGGUGAAGCCAGAGAAGGCCAAUGCAGUUGAGAACUAUCUCAUUCAAAUGGCUCGUUUUGGAAAGUUAGGAGGAAAGAUUUCAGAGUCCGGCUUGAUCGAGAUCCUAGAAAAAGUCAGUCAACAAACAGACAAAAAGACAACUGUCAAGUUCAACAGAAGGAAGGUGAUGGACUCAGAUGAUGAUGAUGAUGAUUACUAACUUUCAACUGGAGCCCUGGAAUGAGCCAAGAAGUUGGGAGGGGAUCUGCUUCACUGGGACUCUUAUUAGCAUCUUUGAGUAGCCUGUUCCUGUUAGCUGAAUCCUUGGAUGCCACACUAUCCUCUGUGUGUCUCUGGAAACUACAAACCAAGAGGGAGGAACAAGGAAGUGCGUGUGAAGUUGAUAUGAUUGCAAAAGGGAUUGGGGGGGUAAAAUACACAGUGUCUAAUAAGCAACUUGCUUUUUUCAAGCAGGUGCUAAAAAGUUGCACUGCUUGUGUUGUACUCCUGACACCCCAUCCAUGGCACUAUUUGCCUCCCCUGGUCCUUCUCAGUUACUCUUUUUUUCUUUAUUUUCAUAAUUGUUGACUUCUGUUUUUCAAACACAAAAUACUAGACAAAAUGCAAAACAAAAGUGCUGCUGCUGCAUUUUAUCUAGACUGCUGUGUGAAUACUAUACAGUACAUUUUUCUCCAGGGCCACUAACUUCGGAUGUUGCACUUGGAUGUUCUUUUUGCUGACGUGAAUCUUGAAAGUUUACA